GAUAAACACGGCUUCCCGGUAAACAGCGGUGCCGUGCGCUUGCGGGGGUAACGGGUACUGAAGUUGCCAUGGAGACGGCUUGCGUCGCGGUUGCAUCGCUUCUGGUGUUGGUGAUUCACGUUUCUUCCGAGUCCCUCGGAUAUGAAGGAUGCUGGUCUGGGGAUGACGUGGCGACCUCAGGGCUGCCGUGGCACGCGUCCAUCUUCCUGCAGCUGGAUGAGGUGCCCGGAGCCUUCCAGUACCUGUGUGCUGGGGUCCUCGUCACUGACCGACACCUCCUCACAGACAUGUCUGGACUGGAAGGCGAGGCCCCCGACUACGAGCGCAGGCCGCUGUCCCAGCUGUUCGCCGUGCUGGGCGCUGCCACGGCCAACUGGGAUCCCGAUGCACCUGGUGCUGUCAUAAGCAAGGUGUCCCGUGUACUGGUGGACGACGCUUAUUCUUCAGUCUACGCCGCCUACGAGCACAGUCUGGCCGUAGUGGAGCUGGAGGUGCCGCUGGCACUUACGGAGUCCGUGCGGCCAAUCUGCGUCGACAGCGGCGCCCAACCGCAGCACAAAGACAUUUCAUUUGUGGUCGUUCCAGAUUCGAACAAAAAUCUUACUCUGAAACUGCAGAAAUUAAAACACACCAGCCGAGAGGACUGCAUCGGUGACUCGAUAUAUGCACGGGUACCAGGACACAAAUUCUGCGCUGACAGCUCAGAUGAGCCGGUGUGCCAGCACGCGAGGGGCAGCGCCCUGGUGUGGCCCGUUGCCGACGGCCGCUGGCUGCUCAAGGGUGUGACCAGCGUGAACACAGCGCACCGCGACUGGGACCAGCCCGGCCGCUGCGUCGCCGGACAGCACGUCUUCAGCGACGUCGACAGCCAACUGCCGCUGCUGCGCCGCUUGCUGCUCUCCUCGUGCUUCAGCGGGCAGCCCUCGACGGCGCCGUGGCAUGCUCAGCUCUACACGUCCACCAAGGAGCGCCACGGGCACGAGUACGCAUGCGCAGCUGCCCUGCUCACUCAUCGGUACCUUCUCACUGACGGCAGCUGUUUUAAAGGGAGAACUGCCAACAAUUCGACUGACGCCUCGGGGUUCGUCGUGGCUCUGGGGAAGAAGGUGAAGAGCCUGCAGGCGAGAGAGACAGGCUCUCAGAUUCUAAAGGUCUCGCGCGUCGAUCUACAAGACGGGAGACGCGGCCUGGCGAUCGUGGAACUAAAGGUACCGGCGGUUCUGGGAGACAGCGCGGCAGCCGUGUGUCUCAACACGGCGAGCCAGCGGCCGCUAGCUGACGGAGUGCCUGCCGUGAUGGCGACUUUCAGCCCUACAGAAAACUCUGCACUGAAGCUGCUGUACGUGAACGUCGUAGAUUCCGACAAGUGUCUAGUCGAAAAACCAGGGUUCAAGACAUUCUUAUCAGAUGCUAAAUUUUGCGCCGCCGACAAGAAGGCUGCUGUGUGCCAAGGCAACGAGGGUUCGGCCAUGCUGACUCGGGCCCCGGACCGCGGCGCCUGGUGGACGCUGAGGGGCGUCUUGGCGCCGACGCCACAGCCUCCCAGUAGCGACGACGCCUGCCCCAAGGGCAACGCCCUCUUCACCUCGGUGGACCACUCGCUGCGCUGGAUCCUGGAUACCCUACAACGCCUUUCCGUUCCACGAUCCUUGCUGAAACCUGAAGGAGUCAGAGGCUGCUGGUCGGGGCACGCCGGAAACAUCCCUUGGCACGCGCUCAUCUACAUUCAACUACAGCGCCCGGAGUGGUUCGAUCUCCACUGUGCGGGCACCAUCGUCUCCAGGAGACACGUAGUAACUGACGCUGCCUGCUUCUGGGACGAAACUUCAAGGACCAUGCGAGAUGUCUCAACACUGCGAAUAACCGCAGGCAAGAAAACAAGAGAUUUUGAUGCGGAAGAAGCUGAUGUACAGAUUAGAAAGGUCUCACGGGUGCUGCUGCAACCGGGCUACCAGAGAGAGGCUGGAAGUGGGCCAGCCGUGGCGGUGGCGUUGCUGGAGAGGCCGCUGGAGCUGAGCGGCGCCGUACACGCCAUCUGCAUCGACGGGCCUGCCGGAUCCCUUCUGAAGGAUGGCCAGACCGGUCUGGUUGCUACUCUCGACUUGCCACGAUUUUCCGAGCUCCAGAUUCUGAACAUGAAUGUUCUAAAGAAGAAUGAAUGUUUAGCUGAACUGUCUGGCAGUUCUUGCUGGACAAUGACCACCGCCAACGUUUGUGCCAUCGAUCGCAAAGUUGCAGAAGGCCUUUGUUCGGGAAACGUGGGAGCGGGACUGGUAGUCCGCGGCCCUGGGGGUGCCUGGCUGCUGAAGGGCGUCGCCAGCUCUCGCCAGCUGUGCGGCCCGAACCACCACUGCUCCAAGGCGACGGUAUUCUUCACGGGGGUUGGCGACAGUCGUGACUGGCUCUGGAAGACAGUGCAAGCAACCAUUCCGUACCACCUUGCGUAAACCUGGUACUCUCAUAAAUACACCAUAGCACAAUAUUUUAUUGUAAUUUUCACCCACAUGCUUAAACGGAGCCAGAUUAAAGUGAACAGGAUCCGUUGUACACUGUUUAUUGCAAAAAAAAUAUUGUUGUCAUUAUUUGUCACACUCUAUGUGCCUAUUUAUAACCAAUUAAGAAGAAAGUCUCAUUCAAUUCUGAGCUCACAACCGCUGAUGUCCUAUUACUCCAGAUUUCUCACUUUUUUGCGUUAAAGAGAGCUAUCUGGUCCUCAUUCAUUCAUUCAUCGUUCACCAUCGAUCCCAUCAAAAAGGAGAAUCUUCAGGAAUGCGUAACGAGUCAACAUAUACAUUACCAAAAGAAGGAAAAACGUAAUAUGUACACUGUAUCAACACUUAUCAAUAUACCAUUUUAUACUGUCUGUGCUUAUGCCCGAUGAAUUUAAACGGUAACUUUGCUGGAAAGCCACUAUUUAUGGGGAAAAAAUGCUGCUUACAUAGUUACAGAAGGUAUCAGCUGUUUUCCUUCUACUACUAGCUUAGUAUUUAUAUAAAAAUACCGAUAUUUAUCAAAGAAAAUCCUGACCUUUACAUUUAACAAUGGAGGCCUCUUUACAGUAUACAGCUACCUAUUAAGCAUCAUUACGAUAAACAUUGCUAUAUGUUGUACAGCCACCAGGAUUUAAAUCUUUGAAUCAAAAGAAUUAAAUAAUUUGUAGAAAACUGCUACUGAGGUAUGUUUUAAUUUUUAUUAAAUUGGUAAGAUUUACUAAUUUCC